AGAAAAAUGUGUCAGUUGAUGUACUAAAUAUGUGAAAGUCAUUAGUGAAGCACUUUCCAAAACUCUUGUACCUUACUACCCGUUUGCUGGCCGGCUACGUGAGGGCCAUGGCCACAAACUGGUAGUGGAGUGGGGUGUUGUUCAAUGAAGCUAAUGCUAAUGUUACACUUAAGCACUUGGUGAUGUAAUUCAUCCACCAUUUCCAUGUUUCGAGGAGCUUCUCUUUGAUGUGCCUGGUUGAGCUGGACUUCUUGAUUGUCCUCUCCUUCUACAGGUAUUUCGAUUAAUAUUAUAUAUUUCUGUGCUUGUAUAGAAUUCCUGCACCAAUGGUAUGGAUCUUUUGGAGAGGAAGGAUAAGAAAGGGGAAGUGUUUAAUUUUAAAUUUAUCUUACUACUUUUCAGAAAAUUUGAUCUUCCUUGCAAUCAUGCUUAAAAUUAACACUUUCCGUUCCCAGUAAAAUGGUCCACUGUUCGUUCUAUUAUGCCCCCAUCAAGAUUCUUGCCUUUCUACAGGUUCCUCUUUACCUUACCAAGUGUUUACCUCUAAAUUGCUCACCGUUUGCUUAUGGCGGUGUCACACUUGUACCCUGCACCCUCACCCUGAAGAAUAGGUGCGCUUGCUUUAUAAUGUUAAUGGCUGUUCAAAAUAUUAUCCUCCUCAGCCUAAGGAUAUUAUGAAAAUGCAUUUGCGUUCCCAGAAGCUCUGGGAACAGUGUAAAAAUUGUGUCAGAAUCCAAUUAGAUUUGCACUGGAACUUUUUAAAAAAUGGAAAGAAUUUACAGCAGAGUACGUGAGAUCUCUUCUGCCUACAGUGCGUGAAACUAUUACAUCAAUUAUGUCAGUUAAUAUAUUGUGUUUAAUCCUCUAUGAAAAUAUAUUCCGAACUCUUCAAAAUAUGCAAAUUUUGGAUAAUAUUCAUUCAACCAACUUUCGAUUCGUUUCUGAGACGGUCUGGUUUUUAUCUCAGUUAAGAAGAUUGCCAAAGAGAGCCUUAUUGGUUUGUAAUAUAGUUUGAUACUGAACUAGGGUACUGGUUUCUUUGUCUGUGUGUUUCAUUUUUGUUCUGUUUAUCAGAUUAAGUUCAUACUUAUUUUAUAACUAUGUAUGAAAGCAUAAGUUUUCAUAGUUCUUGUCAAAUACUCGACAAGUCCUAUGUUCCAACUUUCUGUAGUUUUGGAGGAAUCGGGCUCGUUUAGAUCAUGUUUGUCACUCUUGUAAAUUCAAGCCUAGUCACCUUGAUUAUGACAAAGUAUUUUAGCAUCCACUCUUGGAGAUGGAGAUAUUUUUUGCGAUGCAGUUAAGUAGAUUCUCGAGCUAAAUCCAGGCUGUGUCCAGAUGCAACUAUAUAUAGACAUGCUUCAUUUGAUCUUGAUUAGUAGAACAAGACCUCUCUCUUGAAGCAUACAUAUCUUAUGGCAACUCAAGAGUCCUUGGUUUUCAAAGUAACACGACAGUCACCGGAGCUAAUAACUCCAGCAAAACCGACCCCACACGAGUAUAAGCUUCUCUCUGACAUAGAUGAUCAAGAGGGGUUUCGUUUCCAAAUCCCAAACCUCCAAUUCUAUCGAAAGAGAAGUCAUUUUGCUGAUGUCCCUGGAAUGGACCCCGUGAAAGUCAUUAGGGAAGCACUCGCCAAAACUCUUGUUUUUUACUACCCUCUUGCAGGCCGGGUACGAGAAGGUGCAGGUAGGAAACUCAGCGUGGACUGCACUGGUGAAGGAGUGUUGUUCAUAGAAGCUGACGCGGAUGUCGCACUUGAGCAAUUUGGGGAUGAUCUCCAGCCACCAUUUCCCUGUUAUGAGGAGCUUCUUUUCGAUGUCCCUGGCUCUACUGGAAUUCUUGAUUGUCCUAUUCUCCAUAUUCAGGUGACUCGGCUGAAAUGUGGAGGAUUCAUACUGGCCUCGCGCAUCAACCAUACAUUGUGCGACGCGGCUGGACUCGUUCAAUUCCUGACUGCUCUAGGCGAAAUUGCAAGAGGCGCAACUGCACCCUCUGUUCCUCCAGUGUGGCAAAGAGAACUACUCAAUGCAAGAAAUCCCCCUCGUAUCACCUGCACUCACCACGAGUACGAUGAUGUAGCUGAAAUUAACAUGCCUCUCGACGACAUGUCCCACCGCUCAUUCUUCUUCGGCCCCUCUGAGAUUCAUGCCCUCCGUCAAUCCCUCCCCCCUCACCUUAAUCAAAGCUCUUCCUUCGAGCUGAUCACCGCUUGCCUCUGGCUCUGUCGCACUCGCUCCCUCCAGCUCCACCCCGAAGAGGAGGUCCGCAUUCACUGCGUUGUCAAUGCACGCACAAAAUUCGUCCCUCCAAUCCUGCCUCUCGGUUACUACGGAAAUGCAUUUGUCUACCCCGCAGCUCUCACAACAGCAGGAAAAUUAUGCAAAAGUCCUUUGGCAUACGCUUUGGAACUAGUCAAAAAGACUAAAGAAGUCGUUACAGAAGAGUACAUGAGAUCCGUCGCUGAUUUGAUGGUCCUGAAAGGCCGGCCUCAUUACACAGUUGCCCGAACCUACAUCGUGUCCGACUUGUCACGAGCCGGGUUUCGAGAUGUCGAUUUAGGGUGGGGGAAGCCUGCUUAUGGAGGUCCGGAUGGUGGUUUGCCUGUGGCGAGUUUCUACGUGCCUUAUGAGAACAAGAAGGGUGAGCAUGGAACUUUGGUGGCAGUUAUGCUACCAGCAUAUGCGAUGAAAAUAUUUGUGGUGGAAGUUGAUAAAUUGUUGAAGAACAAUAACUCAUCACUACUCCUUCAUGAUUCUUUACUUCAUAUCAGAUCAGCAAUAUAGGGUUUACGUUUAUUUUUACUUUCAUCAGCUCCUAAGUCUAAUAUCAGUGGACUGGUGGCUCCAUAAGUUAAGUGACAGAAUAAACUUUUUUUCGGUUGUAAGCUGUUUGUUUAUCUUAUUUAGUUAUGGAUUGAAAAUGAAGGAGAAAUAAAGGGUCUUUUUAGCGUUCAUGGA